AUGGCGUGGAUCUGGGUGGUCGCGGCGGCCGGAGCAAUCCUCUUACUGUGGGCGGUUUCCCUCGGCCGGAUCCUCUCCUCCCCGGCGCUCUACUGCCUGCCUCCGAGCCCCCGCUUCUCGCCCCCUCUCCACGGCGACAGGAGGAGCAGGAACGUGCUCCUGGUGCUCGCCCACCCCGACGACGAGUCCAUGUUUUUUAGUCCAACGAUUCUUUUCCUCGAAUCAAAAGGUCACAAGCUUCAUGUUUUGUGCAUGUCUCUUGGUAACGCUGAUGGUUUCGGAGAUACUCGUAAAGAAGAAUUGUACAAUGCAUGCGCUACUCUUAAGAUUCCAGCUGAGCAAGUUGCAGUCUUGGACCAUCAAAAUUUGCAGGAUGGGUUUCAUGAGGAAUGGGAUCAUGGACUACUAGCAGAACUUACCAUGGAGCAGAUCCAACUGUGGGAUAUCGAUACAAUUGUGACCUUUGAUUCCUAUGGAGUAUCAGGCCAUCCGAAUCAUCGUGAUGUUCAUCAUGGCAUAUGCAAGCUUCUUCAUGAGAAUCAGCAAGAAAAUAUUGAAGCGUGGGAACUUGUAAGCCUGAACAUGUUUCGGAAAUACAGUGGUGCAGUUGAAAUUUGGUUAUCUCCGUUGAUCUCGUCAAGUUCAAAGCAACUGGUAUGUUGUCUAGUUAACUGUAGCCCUUCCAGAACUUUUAAGGCAAUGGCUGCACACAGAAGCCAGUGGGUUUGGUUUAGAAGAUUGUUUGUAACACUUUCAAGUUACACGUACGUAAACAUGCUCCAGAAAUUUUAG